AUGGCCACCGAAACUCUGCUCAAGCAAAAUGCUCCUGUGGCGAAAAGCAUGCUCUUGAGUGCAACUGUAGCAAGGCCUCGGAAGAAAACAAAGUUGAGGGACCUCGCUGUUCGUGCCGCGCGAGACCAGCCGGUGCAUGCACUUGUGACCGCGCUUCAACUGAGAACAAAACCCCAACCGGCUCUACAUGUGCAUGUGGUGUCCGCCCAGCUGAUGCUUGUUCAUGCGAGAAAGCUACGGACGGAGGAGUGA